CUGAUUCCAAAAUUUGAAUAUUCACUUUCAUUCCGUGUCGUUCAUACAAAGUCAACACAAAUCAAAUUCACGUACUUUAACAUACAAUGGCUCCCAUCUUCACCAUCGUCGGCGCUACAGGUCUUCAAGGAGGCUCUGUCCUCCAAGCAGCACUAAAGUCCGGUCUGUACGAUAUCCGAGUCAUCACACGCAACACCUCCAGCGAAAAAGCAAAGCAACUGCAAGCUCGUGGCGUAGAAGUCGUUGCAGCUGAUCUCAACAGCGAAGAAUCACUCAUGAAAGCUUUCGAGGGAUCCACAGCAAUCUUCGGCCUAACCAACUUCUUCGAGCACUUCCCCAAACUAGACCCAGCAGCAGCAAUAUCCCUCGAAGUAAAGCAGGGUCAAAAUCUCGCUAAUGCAGCGGCGAAAACGCUUAACUUGAAACACUAUAUCUGGAGUACUCUUCCCGACACGGAAAAGUUAUCGAAUGGGAAGAUCUCGGUCCCGCAUCAUCAGGGAAAGGCACAGAUUGAUUCUUACAUCAAGGAGAAUGAGGAGUUGUAUGCGAAGACUACGUUUCUGUGGAUUGGGCCGUAUGCGCAGAAUUUCGAGUAUCCGUGGACUAAGCCGAGUUUUUUCGAAACCGUGGGUAAGUACAUCCAACUAGGCCCAGUACCACCCACAACAAUCGUACAAACCAUCGGCGACGUCCACACCAACGUCGGACUAUUCACCUCUGCAAUCCUAGCCCAACCCCUUCUGACGAAAGGGAAGUAUGUCCUCGGUGUCGUGGAAGAAACAACUGUCGGCGAACUUGUGAAAAUUUGGGGUCAGACAACAGGCAAGAAUACCAUGUAUGUUGAGAUUGCUUCGGUCGAGGAAUAUGAUAAGCUUUGGCCGGUUUGGGGGACGGAGAUUGGUCUUAUGAUGAAGUUUUGGGAGAUUGCUGGGAAGGGUGCGUGGAGUGGGGAGGGUGUUGUUACAAAGGAGGAUUUGGGGUUGAGUGAGGAGAUGUUUGUGGAUUCGAAGGAGACGUUUAGGAAGAUGAGUUGGGAUUGAGGUGGAUACAAUGAUUAUCGAUGUGAUACUGAUGUACCCUAGAGUUUAUCUUUAAGAUUUGGCUCCCUUGCUGAGAUUUAAGG